AUGGACCCUGGUGACCAGGCCUGCGCACUCUCCUCUCUCUAUGUGGGUGAUCUGCACCCCGACGUGACUGAAGCUAUGCUCUAUGAGAUGUUCUCCCCCAUCGGCACAAUUGUGUCCAUCCGUGUGUGCCGGGACGUGGCUACCCGACGCUCCUUGGGCUAUGCCUACAUCAACUUCCAGCAUCCUGCUGAUGCGGAACGGGCACUGGACACAAUGAACUUUGAGAUGAUCAAAGGCCAACCCAUCCGUAUCAUGUGGUCCCACCGAGACCCAGGGCUUCGAAAGUCUGGUAUGGGCAACAUCUUUAUCAAAAACUUGGAGAAUUCCAUUGAUAACAAGGCUCUCUAUGACACCUUCUCCACCUUUGGGAGCAUCCUCUCUUCUAAGGUAGUAUAUAACGAACACGGAUCACGGGGGUUCGGCUUCGUACACUUUGAGACUCACGAGGCUGCCCAGAAGGCCAUCAACACCAUGAACGGGAUGUUGCUGAAUGACCGAAAAGUCUUCGUAGGCCACUUCAAGUCUCGACAGAAGCGGGAGGCAGAGCUGGGGGCUCGGGCCCUGGGGUUCACCAACAUCUACGUGAAGAACCUGCAUGUGGACAUAGAUGAACAGGGCCUUCAGGACCUCUUCUCCCAAUUUGGAAAGAUGCAGAGUGUCAAGGUGAUGAGAGACAGCAGUGGACAAUCCCGGGGCUUUGGCUUUGUCAACUUUGAGAAGCACGAGGAAGCUCAGAAGGCCGUGGACCACAUGAACGGGAAGGAUGUGAACGGGCAGCAGCUGUAUGUGGGUCGGGCCCAGAAGCGGGCAGAGCGGCAGAGUGAGCUGAAGCGCAGGUUUGAGCAGAUGAAGCAGGAGAGGCAGAACCGUUAUCAGGGUGUGAACCUCUACGUGAAGAACCUGGAUGACUCCAUUAAUGACGAGAGGUUGAAGGAAGUUUUCUCUGCCUAUGGAGUGAUCACCAGUGCUAAGGUGAUGACAGAAAGUAGCCACAGCAAGGGGUUUGGCUUUGUCUGCUUUUCCUCUCCAGAAGAGGCAACAAAGGCUGUAACCGAGAUGAAUGGGCGCAUCGUGGGUACUAAGCCUCUGUAUGUGGCCCUGGCGCAGCGCAAGGAAGAGCGGAAGGCCAUCUUGACCAACCAGUAUAGGCGACAGCUGUCACGCUCUGUCUUGAGCUCCUUCCAGCAACCUACCAACUACUUAGUGCCUGCUGUGUCCCAGUCUACAGCACAGGCCAUGUACUAUGGUUCUGGCUCCAUGGCUCCCAUGCAGCCUGACCCCAGGUGGACAGCCCAGUCACAUGGACCCUCUGUUUUUCUCUGGGCUGCCUGCCCUCCAGCCGCCUCGGUGGUCCAGUCCCUAAGCACCAUGCAGCACUCCUAUAUUCGCCUCGGCAGUGCCAGCCAGGCCUCCAGCCAGAUGCCUCACAUGCAUAGUGUGGUCAACAUUGGUACUCAGACGACAGGACCAGGUGGGGAGGGAUGCUCUAUUCCAGGCCAGUCUCUCCUGACACAUAGAGGACCUUCGUCUGCACACAGUGCCCAUGGGGUCCAGGAGUCGGCUGUAUAUGUCCCUGGCCAUCAGCCUCUGACUGUGUCCAUGCUGACUGCUGCACCCCUGCAUGAACAGAAACAAAUGAUUGGGGAGCGUCUCUACUCCCUCAUCCACGAUACCUGCGCCCCACUGACUGGCAAGAUCACAGGCAUGCUGCUGGAGAUGGACAACCUGGAGCUUCUGUUUUUGCUGGAGUCCCCAGAGUCCCUCCAUGCCAAGAUAGAAGAGGCGCUGGCAGUGCUGUGGGCUCAUCAGGAACUGGAGUCAGCAGAAAGCAACAGGAACUGAACACUGUGGGUGGCUGGGGGUGGGAGGACCCACGGCAGAGCAGCUGAGUUGCUGUCCUGAGACCCUGGAGAACACCCCACGGAGGCUGACAAUCAAAUACUCGCUGUGAUGUGUUGGUGGCUUUGUUCGGUGAAGCUGACUGAGACACAGGAGACACACACAGUAACCGGAGUGUUCUCAUGCCAGGUGUCCUGCCAGGCCUCAAGGUUUACUGGCUGGCUCCGUUCACUCGUCUGAAGGCUUGGCCUGCUGUGAGUCAGUCUACCUUCUCAAGACUGGGUGUCUUAUAUACUUUGGGAACAUUUUUUUUUCCUUCCCCCACUAAGAUUGGAACCUGCACUCCCUUGACUUCCCAGUACAGCAUUUCUGCUCAUGGUUCUAAGGUCCUGUGAAUGUUAACUUAUUUCCUGACUGGUCUCUCUGUUGUCGAGCUUUAGAUGUGGAACGAAGGCUGGACAGCGU